CGCGCGCCGCCCCUCCCUUCUGCCUUCUACGGAUGCCGCAGUAAAGUUGGCCGCGCAUGCGCACAUUCGGUCCUCUUUUUUUCUCGGAAGCACCGCUGACCCAUCGCACCAUGUCCGAUCCCGAUCUUGACUUCACGGUUGGCGAGUCUGGCGCCUCCGCCACCUACCCCAUGCAGUGCUCUGCUCUGCGUAAGAACGGGUAUGUGGUGCUGAAGGGACACCCCUGCAAAAUUGUGGAGAUGUCCACCUCCAAGACCGGCAAGCACGGACAUGCCAAGGUCAACCUGGUUGGUAUCGACAUCUUCACCAACAAGAAGCAUGAAGAUAUGUGCCCCUCCACCCACAACAUGGAUGUUCCCUCCAUCAAGAGGCUAGAUUACCAGCUGGUUAACAUCAAUGACGGCUACAUGUGCCUGAUGAGCGACACCGGGGACAUCAGGGAGGACCUGCGUGUCCCUGACAGCGAAAUUGGCAGAGAAAUCGAGGGGAAGUUUGAGGCUGGUGAUGAAUUCAUGGUCACCGUCAUCGCUGCCAUGGGGGAGGAAUGUGCUGUCGCUACCAAGGUCUUGGCCGGCAAAUAAGGGGACAGACUUUGCUUCCCAGGCAACAAGCACCGCCCACAACCAGUCUCCUGCAUUCUCAUUGGUUCUGUCACCAAAGCGUCGGCCUUCACAGAAAACCUCAAUCAUUCUGUUUCUCGAUUUCAGCGUUUUAAACCCCCCCCCCCCCCCCCCCCCUCUCUCACUUUUUAUCAUUUCUCUUGAUUUUGCAUUGCUGAUGGAAGUUCCACUGUGGCUCGCUGCGUGGUCCUCUGCUCUGAUCACUGAGGUUUUGUUUGGUUACAAUCUACUUUAUAUAUAAAAAAAACAACUUCAAAAAUAA